CGGAGCGCACGAAGAGCGAACAGCCGGGCUGCAUGGGACCAUGUUGAAUGCGACACCACCGGGAACGGCUGCGGCGGCCAUCACAGUACAGCUACAGCAACAGCACAAUGGGGUCGCUCCCAACCAGCGACGCCCGGCCUUGGGGGUCGUCGUCUCGCUUCGUCCGGCCAGCGUCACCCGUCGCGAUCCCCGUUGCUGGUCCCGUUGCUGGAGGUGGCGAGAGGACGAACCAAUCGUCCGGAUGGGCUUGAAAGUACUUUCGGCUGGGAGGCGCUGCACCAAUCCGCCACGGGCUGAGCCAGAGGGUCAGUCGGCCGGUGGGCAUUCGGCUGGCCGGAAGGUCGCCCGACCGGAGGCAGCAUCCGUCGCAGCAGGCCAGAGAGUCGCCCGCAUGCUCGGCGAUGGAUGCUUGCGGGCCACGCUGCGUGCUGGGAAGCAGACCAGGCUGCUGGUUUGUCGAAGGAUCCGAGUCUCCGACGAUUUGAAAACGAACCACAGCCAGAAACAAGGGAGGCGAUUGCGUCUUGGCGACUGCUCGCCCCACGGCAUGCACAGGGCUGCUACGCUGGGCUGCUGCACUGGGGGGCGCUCGCGGACCAGCUGCAUCCCGACAAAGAGCGACUGCAGCCUCGAUGCCAAGGGCCGAAGCCGACUCGCAGCUUGAAUCGCAGUGCUUGCGAUUGGAUGCUCUACUUAG